AUGCCAAUUGAAGAAUCUCCAACGGAAGUUAUUCUAACCCACCCAGAGGAUUCAUCCACGAAGGUCAAGAUCCUAAAGUAUGGUGCUACUGUAUUUUCCUGGGAACUUAAAGGAGAAGAACAACUAUGGCUCUCAACUGCUGCAAAAUUGGAUGGUUCGAAACCAGUUCGUGGUGGUAUACCUCUAGUCUUCCCGGUUUUUGGUAAAAACCACGACGACGAGCAUUUGAGCAAAUUGCCGCAACAUGGAUUGGCUAGAAACUCAGUAUGGGAAUUCUUGGGUCAAACCAAAGCCGAACCAUUAACAGUUCAAUUUGGAUUGGGUCCAGAAUUUGCUAAUCCAGAACUAACCAAGUUAUGGCCAUUUGAGUAUUCUCUAAUCUUGAGUGUUGAACUGGGAAAAGAGUAUUUGAAGACUGAAAUCGAAGUAUUGAAUACAAGUAAUACGGAGACAUUGAAAUUCAACUGGUUGUUCCAUACUUACUUGAAAAUCCACGAUAUCGAAGACACAUUAGUUUCCAACUUGAACAGCUCGAAGUUGUAUGAUCAAAUGUUGAAGGAGAGUUAUGUCGACAAACAACCUGUUGUCACUGUUCAUGAAGAGUUGGAUAGAAUCUAUCAAAAUGUGGAAGAAGAUAGGCUUAUUCAGGUGGUGGAUAAAGGUCAUCCAGUCCACACAUUAAAGAGACACAACUUACCAGACACUGUGGUUUGGAACCCAUGGAUUGAAAAAUCUAAGGGUAUGGGUGAUUUUGAGCCUAAGGAUGGAUACAAAACCAUGAUCUGUAUUGAACCAGGCCACGUUCAUGACUUUGUUAAGUUACCACCAGGUGAAAAGUGGGUCGCUUCCCAAGUUUUAUAUAAAGACGAGUUGAAGUUCCAAAGCGUUUGA